CAAUACAGGUGGGCUCCAACAGAUUCUUGCCAACCCAAAUCCCCACGUGGCUGCUACAAGCAAGAGAACACUACGUUUUACCUGCGUCACGUCGUGGACGAAACGGUCCAAGGUAUGCAGACACUGAACUGUGCUGUAUUUGAGGUCUCGGUGAAAAGGAAUGCGUUCGAUUUUCAGUACAGAGACCGGUACUUCUACAAACGCUACGAGAGGUUUCCAAUGGUGUUUGGUGAGUGGUCGUUGACUAGUGGUGUGUGUGUGAGAAAGUGUUUAAUUUGACCAACGGUGAAAGGUGAACCGCCGUGUGAGCCCUGCAAUCACUCCACAAUGGCCGUGAUGUGGUAAACACAUGUAUGACAUCACUACACAAUGGCCGUGAUGUGGUAAACACAUGUAUGACAUCACUCCACAAUGGCCGUGAUGUGGUAAACACAUGUAUGACAUCACUCCACAAUGGCCGUGAUGUGGUAAACACAUGUAUGACAUCACUCCACAAUGGCCGUGAUGUGGUAAACACAUGUGUGACAUCACUCCACAAUGGCCGUGAUGUGGUAAACAAAUGUGUGACAUCACUACACAAUGGCCGUGAUGUGGUAAACACAUGUAUGACAUCAAUCCACAAUGGCCGUGAUGUGGUAAACACAUGUAUGACAUCACUACACAAUGGCCGUGAUGUGUUAACACAUGUAUGACAUCACUCCACAAUGGCCGUGAUGUGGUAAACACAUGAAUGACAUCACUACACAAUGGCCGUGAUGUGAUAAACACAUGUAUGACAUCACUCCACAAUGGCCGUGAUGUGGUAAACACAUGAAUGACAUCACUACACAAUGGCCGUGAUGUGGUAAACACAUGAAUGACAUCCCUACACAAUGGCCGUGAUGUGGUAAACACAUGUAUGACAUCGCUACACAAUGGCCGUGAUGUGGUAAACAAAUGUGUGACAUCACUACACAAUGGCCGUGAUGUGGUAAACAAAUGUAUGACAUCACACAAUGGCCAUGAUGUGGUAAACAAAUGAAUGACGUCCCAAAAUUGCUGUGAUGUGGUAAACAAAUGUAUGACAUCACUACACAAUGGCCGUGAUGUGGUAAACAAAUGUGUGACAUCACUACACAAUGGCCGUGAUGUGGUAAACAAAUGUGUGACAUCACUACACAAUGGCCGUGAUGUGGUAAACAAAUGUGUGACAUCACUACACAAUGGCCGUGAUGUGGUAAACAAAUGUGUGACAUCACUACACAAUGGCCGUGAUGUGGUAAACAAAUGUGUGACAUCACUACACAAUGGCCGUGAUGUGGUAAACACAUGUGUGACAUCACUACACAAUGGCCGUGAUGUGGUAAAUAAAUGUGUGACAUCACUACACAAUGGCCGUGAUGUGGUAAACAAAUGUGUGACAUCACUACACAAUGGCCGUGAUGUGGUAAAAAUGUGUAACAUCACUACACAAUGGCCGUGAUGUGGUAAACACAUGAAUGACAUCACUACACAAUGGCCGUGAUGUGGUAAACACAUGAAUGACAUCACUACACAAUGGCUGUGAUGUGGUAAACACAUGAAUGACAUCACUAUACAAUGGCUGUGAUGUGGUAAACACAUGAAUGACAUCACUACACAAUGGCUGUGAUGUGGUAAAUACAUGAAUGACAUCACUACACAUGGCUUUGAUGUGGUAAACACAUGAAUUACAUCACUACACAAUGGCUGUGAUGUGGUAAACACAUGAAUGACAUCACUACACAAUGGCUGUGAUGUGAUUAACAAAUGUAUGACAUCACACAAUGGCUGUGAUGUGGUAAACAAAUGUAUGACAUCACUACACAAUGGCUGUGAUGUGGUAAACAAAUGUAUGUCGUCACACAAUGGCUGUGAUUUCGUAAACAAAUAUAUGACGUCACAAAAUGGCUGUGAUGUGGUAAACAAAUAUAUGAUGUCACACAAUGGCAGUGAUGUGGUAAACAAAUGUAUGACAUCUCUACACAAUGGCUGUGAUGUGGUAAACAAAUGAAUGACAUCACUACACAAUGGCUGUGAUGUGGUAAACAAAUGUAUGACGUCACACAAUGGCUGUGAUGUGGUAAACAAAUAUAUGACAUCCCUACACCAUGGCUGUGAUGUGGUUAACAAAUGCAUGACGUCACACAAUGGCUGUGAUGUGGUAAACAAAUGUAUGACGUCACACAAUGGCUUUGAUGUGGCAAACAAAUGUAUGACAUCCCUACACAAUGGCUGUGAUGUGGUUAACACAUGUAUGACUUCACACAAUGGCCGUGAUGUGGUAAACAAAUGAAUGACAUCACUACAAAAUGGCUGUAAAGUGGUUAACCAAUGUAUGACGUCACACAAUGGCCGUGAUGUGGUAAAUAAAUGUAUGACAUCACAUAAUGGCCGUGAUGUGGUAAACAAAUGUAUGACAUCACACAAUGGCUGUGAUGUUGUAAACAAAUGAAUGACGUCCCACAAUUGCUGUGAUGUCUUAAACAAAUGUAUGACAUCACUACACAAUGGCUGUGAUGUGGUAACACAUGUAUGACGUCACUCAAUGGCUGUGAAGUGGUAAACAAAUGUAUGACAUCACUACACAAUGGCUGUGAUGUGGUAAACAAAUGUAUGACAACACUACACAAUGGCUGUGAUGUGGUAAACACAUGUAUGACAUCACAAAAUGGCUAUGAUGUGGUAAACACAUGUAUGACGUCACACAACGGCUGUGAUGUGGUAAACAAAUGUAUGACAUCACACAAUGUCCGUGAUGUGGUAAACAAAUGUAUGACAUCACUACACAAUGGCUGUGAUGUGGUAAACACAUGUAUGACAUCACUACACAAUGGCUGUGAUGUGGUAAACACAUGUAUGACAUCACUACACAAUGGCUGUGAUGUCGUAAACAAAUAUAUUACGUCACAAAAUUGCUGUGAUGUGGUAAACAAAUGUAUGACGGUGGCGAAAGAAAUUUAAAGUUGAAGUGGGGACCCCCAAAUUUCGAUCUACGGCUCUGGGUGUCGGAUAUUAGUUCUACUUUCCUAAUCGUAUGCGUAACGGUGAUGUAGCAUUCGGUGGUUAUGGCUUAGUGCCCCCGAGGAGGUAACCGGUGAUGUAGCAUUUGGUGGUUAUGGCUUAGUGCCCCCGAGGAGGUAACCUGUGAGAAGCAUUUGGUGGUUAUGGCUUAGUGCCCCCGAGGAGGUAACCUGUGAGUAGCAUUUGGUGGUUAUGGCUUAGUGCCCCCGAGGAGGUAACCUGUGAGAAGCAUUUGGUGGUUAUGGCUUAGUGCCCCCGAGGAGGUAACCUGUGAGUAGCAUUUGGUGGUUAUGGCUUAGUGCCCCCGAGGAGGUAACCUGUGAGUAGCAUUUGGUGGUUAUGGCUUAGUGCCCCCGAGGAGGUAACCUGUGAGUAGCAUUUGGUGGUUAUGGCUUAGUGCCCCCGAGGAGGUAACCUGUGAGUAGCAUUUGGUGGUUAUGGCUUAGUGCCCCCGAGGAGGUAACCUGUGAGUAGCAUUUGGUGGUUAUGGCUUAGUGCCCCCGAGGAGGUAACCUGUGAGUAGCAUUUGGUGGUUAUGGCUUAGUGCCCCCGAGGAGGUAACCUGUGAGUAGCAUUUGGUGGUUAUGGCUUAGUGCCCCCGAGGAGGUAACCUGUGAGUAGCAUUUGGUGGUUAUGGCUUAGUGCCCCCGAGGAGGUAACCUGUGAGUAGCAUUUGGUGGUUAUGGCUUAGUGCCCCCGAGGAGGUAACCUGUGAGUAGCAUUUGGUGGUUAUGGCUUAGUGCCCCCGAGGAGGUAACCUGUGAGUAGCAUUUGGUGGUUAUGGCUUAGUGCCCCCGAGGAGGUAACCUGUGAGUAGCAUUUGGUGGUUAUGGCUUAGUGCCCCCGAGGAGGUAACCUGUGAGUAGCAUUUGGUGGUUAUGGCUUAGUGCCCCCGAGGAGGUAACCUGUGAGUAGCAUUUGGUGGUUAUGGCUUAGUGCCCCCGAGGAGGUAACCUGUGAGUAGCAUUUGGUGGUUAUGGCUUAGUGCCCCCGAGGAGGUAACCUGUGAGUAGCAUUUGGUGGUUAUGGCUUAGUGCCCCCGAGGAGGUAACCUGUGAGUAGCAUUUGGUGGUUAUGGCUUAGUGCCCCCGAGGAGGUAACCUGUGAGUAGCAUUUGGUGGUUAUGGUUUAGUGCCCCGGGGGGGGGGGUUAACCAGUGAUGUAGCGUAUGGUGGUUAGUGCCUUAGUGCCCUCUGAGUCGGGCAAAGUUUUCUUUCACCCCGACCACGAACAAUAAGUUUGCCAGACAGAUGAAUGAACCUUGUCCCCUGGCGCCCAAAACUCUAGCUUUAGAAAGGGGUGCGUAUCGGUUAUCCAUCCAAAUCUCACGUUUUCUUUAAAUGGACGUGUUUCAUUCUCGGACAACUCCAGAGUUUAGCGUUGAAGAGAAGGCGACAAAACCUAUGCAGUGCAUCUAUCGGCAACAAAAUUGGUGAUAUUAUUUAUCGGGAAUUAGGGCAAACAUUGAGGGCACCGAUAGCUUUUGAGCGGAAGAAGGGUCUGCUAUAUUGUCGUUUUUAUCGAGAAAUAGGGCAGAAAUUGAGGGUGCCGAUUACUCUCCUUUGAAAAAGUGAGGAUGGGUCUGGGGAUCAAAUCCCCAGAAAUUGCUUAUUUCAAAAUCAAGCAGGGAAUUUUUGAUUUUACAGAAUUCAAUGGUUCUUUUUCCUAUACGACUGUUUUAUCCGGGGAUGGAAUUGUUCAAGCGUCCGGGGGGAGGCACUAUUGUGUCCGGUACCAUACAUAAACUUUAUUCACUCCGGUUGUGACGCGCCGCAUGGUAAUCAUUUAACACAACUCUAGAUUCAAUCCCGUACUGUCAUUUUGAUUGGCGUGAGGAAUGGGGGAACAGAAAUCGAUGGUGCCGAAUGCUCUCAAGCAAAAGUGGGCACAGAAGUGCCCAUUUAUUUUGUGUGUUGAUUAAUUCAGGGAUGCAGUUUGAUGCAACAUUUCAGUUGGUGUUUCUGUCCGACAAUUUGGAAGGGGUCAUUGGGAACGUUCUUUGGGAAGCGCUAUAACCCGCCCCAGCCUGACAUGAACUAAACUCAUUCCACCUAAUACCCUUGAGGGUAUACUUUUUGCCCUAGCUUAUAAUAUAGUGUCACCCUUCAAUCUUUUUAGUCCCCAGAAAAAUUUUGAUAAAUUUAAAAUGCAAGAAUGGAUUUUAGCAUAUAUAAAAAUUUAGCUUUGCAUCAUCUUACACUUAAUCGGAGAGCAACGGGAGACAUGCUAGGGUAAAAAAUUUAGAUCUCACUUUCCCCAAGAGCCAUUGUGUGGGCCCUGCAACCCUUGUGGCUGCAAGGGGCCUCGAGUAUUUUAGGGGCUGAAAGUUGCGUUCCGGACACUUUUUAAAUGAUCAAAUGUGAAUGUAAGGGGGUGGAAGGACACAACAGGAAAGGGGCAGAGGUUUUCUAAAUGUCAAGCGACGGCUCUACUUGACCUAGUUAUGCAAUAUAUAAUAUAACUAACUAAAAUAACACUGUGAUUUGAUAUUUUUAUUAAAACUAUUUUAAGGGUAAACUACUUAAUCACAAUUAUGUUUAAAAACUUACAAAAAAGAUGAGCAUCACGAAAAAGCACUGCACACAUAAUCCCAGAAGGUAUUUGCGAAAUAGAUGUGUCUUUAGAUCGGUUUUAAAGGACUCCAGUGACUGGUUGUUUCUGAGAUCGACAGGAAGGGCGUUCCAAAUUGUUGGACCAGCAAAUGCGAAAGUGCGCUUUCCGUAAGUCUCAAGGCAAACACGUGAUGUCGAGAGUUUGCCACUAUCGGAUGAGCGGAGCUCUCUAGUGGGUACAUAAGGCGUCAGCAGCUCUUUCAGAUAGGACGGCGCCAGGUCAUAUAUAUAUAUAUAUAAGCUUUCUGGUGUAUUUUCACCUAAAUAGUAAAUGUAAAAAAAUGCGUGCAAAUAGACGAGGAGAAUAGUUUAUUAUUUCUAUUCUGAUAUCAAAAAGAGAAAAGCAGCUUGGAAGUCAAUAAUCCUACGCUAAGUUUGAAGCUUGUACCGGUACAUGUUUGAUACUUAGCAAGAACUACAUUAAAAUUAUAGACCUUUAUAGUGAUGUGACGUUGCCAAAAAGAAAUGCAUCAAACUACCGAUAUAUGCGAACUACUGGAUCUAAGCUUCAGAUGUAUAGUCUGGUGCGACCAAUUAACGAAAGUAUGAUAUUUAUAAUCGAAUUGUGUAAACCUACAAAAAAAUUGGUCUUAAAGACUCGGAACAUCAAAUGUGUCGAGCAUACAUUUGAUUCAUUUUAAAGUGUUUAUAAAAUUACAAUUUAGUUGUUUUUUUUGUGUAAAAAAUAUUUUAUUUUAUCGUUGUACACAUUUCCCCCCCGGGCACACUUGACAUUCUCUUGGGGCGCCCCCCCCUCCUCCCGGAGAGCUGCCUGAAAGAAACAUGGCCCCUAAAGUCAGUGAAUGCCCCCAUUCUAUAAAAAGUGACGAGCUGACUGACUUCCCCAUGUCCAUUGUUCCUAAGUCAGUGCAAGAUUUCUUCUAGUUCCACAAAUUAAUAAGACAAAAAUCUGUUGAAAACCCCAACAACCUAAAUCCCCAUUUCAACAGUCAGCUGUUCGUUUGUCACAUUUCCCACUGAUGUAGGUCAUGAAUCAAGGGCCAAUACCCUCAUUGAAAGCAAAGGGGUUAGCAAACUGGUCAGCCAGUUCAGAAAAAACAAAUCGAUAACUGCUUAAUCAGAUUUGUAAAAAAAUAAUUUAAUGAUCUAAUUAAGGUUCCUGAAAGGACGGCCCACGGGUAAGAUCAGGCCCGCUUGGUCGCAGUACGUAACGCGGUUAGCGUGCCACAAAUUGAGGCCGAUCAAUGGCCAUGUCAUGGGCCAAAAGUUUUAGAAUACAUCAUAUUGAAAUAAUCUAAUUUGGUUCAAAUUAUGCUUCCGAAUGAAAUUCUUUUUUUUUCAUGGGUUUUACUUUGCAAAAAUACGUUCCUUGUAGUAUCCUGAGGAAUUCGUUUAUAGUAUUUGAACCUACAGUCAGGACCCCAUCAGUGAAAAAAGCCUUUGAGGACCUCUGAUCUAAAUAUUCACCCCCUUCCCCAUUUCCUCCAUCAAAUCAUCAGAUGUGGAAGAUGAAAAACUUACGGUGAAUGAUGAGGACAUAUCUCUGAACGUCACAUCCUACACACUCAUGUUGGGGAUAUACUAUGACCUGGAGUACUGCGUCUACAAUCUCGUGAAGGGAUCCCUGUGCGUUGACCUGGGCGGAAACGUCACAAUGAACCGACCCAACGCACCUUGUGUGCAUGCUCUUUUCAUCGCCCGUGAAGCGCACGACGGGUCAGAGGUCACUCUCUCCUUCACUGAGAAAGGUGGAUGCAGGAGACCAGGCAGGACGACUUCUAAGUUUGGAUUGAAAGGUAAGUCAAUAACAAAUAUGAAACAAGAUUUCUCUAAUAGAACAUGAUUUAUGGCACGAAUUGCAAGGUAAGUCAAUAGCAAACAUGAAACCAGACUUCUUUAAUAGAACAUGAUUUAUGGCACGGAUUGCAAGGUAAGUCAAUAGCAAACAUGAAACCAGACUUCUCUAAUAGAACAUGAUUUAUGGCACGGAUUGCAAGGUAAGUCAAUAACAAACAUGAAACCAGACUUCUCUAAUAGAACAUGAUUUAUGUCACGGAUUGCAAGGUAAGUCAAUAGCAAACAUGAAACCAGACUUCUCUAAUAGAACAUGAUUUAUGGCACGGAUUGCAAGGUAAGUCAAUAACAAACAUGAAACCAGACUUCUUUAAUAGAACAUGAUUUAUGACACACAUGGAGAAAAGAACGAUAUAAUAGUUUUAAAAAUAUUACCUUAAAAUAGUUCAAAUAUCCCAGACAUUGAUGGUUCAAGUUAGCAAAGAUGCUACUGCUAAAUACUUCUCUUUUGUGCUCUUUAAUGAAGAAGCAGCCCAAAAAUAGCUCUUGAUUCCCACACCCACAAAUAAAAAAAAUAAAUAAUUAUCCUAUCCAUAAAGUUCUUACUGGGUAUCUUUAUCAUCUUCCAGUUGAUAUGUCCACUAACAUGGUGGUUACUGAGAG